GGUGGUUUCCAUCUCGACGGACGCGCGGACGGGCAUGACAAGGCCGGGAGCGAGGCGGCCGUCGCGCGUCGAUCGAAAUCCGUAUCUGUCACGAGCGCCACUGCCACCAUCGUCGCUGUCGUUCGCUGGCUUUCACUUUUCCGUCGCGAUAUCUCGUAUCUUGAUCGCGCGAGAGAUACGGUCAGGAAAAUGGAACGGAAAUUGAUAAUGAUAUGGAACGAUCGAAACAUUUUAUUGGUAUUUUGCUUUUUCAUCACGUUAAUCAUCCUCACAUCGGCAUAUGAUCCAGAUGACAAGUCCCUAAAGGAUAUUCUCUUACCAGAAGGUCAGUUCGAGGCAUUUUACCUGAAAGGUACGCAAGACGAGGAGCAAAACGCCGUGAGACCGCCGCAUCUUCAUGGGUCCUUUCAUCAAUACCGAAAUCCUGCAUUGGUUGAUGCGCCGAAUAGCGCCGCAUAUGGAUUUCGUUUCGACGGAAAACGCCGCUUUAACUUCAGUUAAACUAUCACAAAUAGUUAAAAAAAAAGAAUAAAAGAAACACUGAACAUGGAUAACCAACGCUUUCAUUGCGGUUAUCGUUGAAAUCUUGAAAUAUGAAGACUAAGAGUGCAUGGAUGCCUGGUAGUUAGUGGUUAAAGCAUUCGUAUCAUUUUGUUUAGUCAAGCGUGCAAAUUGAAAGUGUUUAUGCAUAAGGAAAUUUAA